GUGUGCAUAAAUAGCAGCUUCGACACAGAGAGAUGAGCUUCAUCCUCACUGGAUAACAACCCAGACCUCUGGCAUCCUGAAGCAGACUUUUUUGGCAGAAAAACAAUGGCAGAUGAAACCUUUAAGGAACAGUUCCUGGAUGCACAUAAUAACUACAGGGCUGAGCACGGUGCUCAAAAACUGACCUACAAUGGUGAUCUGAACUCUGCAGCGCAGAAAUGGGCUGAGCAUCUUCUGCAAUCUAAGACCAUGCAACACAGUAACAUUGAGGAUGGCGAAAACAUCUACUACUCAUUCAAUUCACAGAAAGUUACACCACAAGGAAAGUCAGCUGUAGAUUCUUGGUACAGUGAAAUCAAGGAUUAUGACUUCACCCGGCCUGGAUUCCAACCAAAAACUGGACAUUUUACCCAGGUGGUUUGGAAAGACACCAAGGAGCUUGGUGUUGGCGUGGCCACCGAUGGUCACACUGUCUUUGUGGUUGGGCAAUACCGCCCAGGUGGGAACAUAACAAAUGAAGGUUACUUUGAAAAAAAUGUUCAACAAAAAUGCUAAAGGUUAAAAGCUGUGCAGGUGGCUGCCAGCAGAGGGCAGAAUGCUGCAGGUUACACCUCCAGUGAGAGAAACUCAGCUCAGGGAAAAAGAAACAGUAUAACUUCUGGUGAUGGGAAGGGGAGAGUCUUCUUUUUCUUUCUUUCUUUUUAAUUAUGACAUACAGAAUAGUGUAAUUAGUGAUCUGAGCAAAAUGAACAAAGCUUCAAAUAAAUGUUUUCCUGGAAAUG